GCGCCCGGAGCCGUCCGAGGUAGGCCUGGAAUGCGGUCGAUGUUCGUUAGUGUGGAACGUAAAUGAGCAAUCGAGCGGUCCUCGAUUCCGUUCGGGUCGGCGCAAGGCAGCCUAGAACAGGCAGCGAAGAGCCGUACGUCUCACGACCCAUGGAUACGCCGUCGUCUACGUCGUUCGGCGGCGGUCGUCGUUAGUGCGGGAAACGUCGCGUGCGCGCGCGGUUCGCCGAUUUACGUGUCGCCGAUUUUCUCGAGCCAGGGACAGGUGUGUAGGGGGUGCGAAGGGACACACGCGGGGGACGAGAGGAAAGCCCGAUGGGUGUCAGGGGUACAAGAAGAAGACGAGGGCAGGCCCUGUACUCGUGUCCCGCGGUCGCCGUCGUCCUCGUCACGUCUUUAUCGCCGUCGUCAUCGUCAUCGUCAUCAUCAUACCGUCGUCGUACUGUCGUGAGUGUCGUGUCGCGAUCAGCAACGAAGGCGGCGAACGGGCCGCGCUGCUGGUGCCUGUUAUGCACGCAAGGCAAGCGCCCAGCGGAGUGUUCAUAAUUGCACCGCGUUCGUUAGUGCCCGUGGCGGAGGAGGAAAGAGUGAGGACGACGACGGGGUGGAGGAGGAGGUGGAGGCAUAGGCGUAGGAGAGCGCUUGACACACACACACAGCGGAGGCGGGAGAGAGACACGAAGAGAAAUGAGAAAGAGGGACAGAGGGAUGGAUUGAGACGCGGAGAGAGUAGUAGGGUAAAAGCGUGGGCGCGAUUUUCUAUAUAAGCGCGUACCCCACGAGAGGUGAUACCUGUCCGUCCGCGACGGUCGAGCAGAGGACAGAGAGAGAGAGAGAGAAAGGAGUGAGGGGGAGGAGAAAGAGAGAGCGCGUCGCCGCGUCGCGUUUCCCGCUCGUCUCUGCCUCUGCGGUCGUACGACGUCCGCUCUCGUCCGGGGUGUUUCCUUCGUCGUGAUAAGGAUGUUCACGAUGUUCUCGGGCAAGAUGAAGAUCGAAAUCUGUGAAGCGAGAAAGCUACGCGCGACCGACAAGCAGCGGAAGUUCUGGAAGGAGAAGGAGGAGCCCACGCUCGACCCGUACGUGCAGCUGGACGUCGACGAGCUUCACCUGGCCCGCACGACCACCAAGCUGAAAACCUCGGAUCCGAUAUGGAAUGAGUCCUUCAUCCACGAGGUGCAGCAGGCGGUCUUUCUGGGUCUCACGAUCUUCCACGACGCGGUACUGCCGCCGGAUUACUUCAUUGCCAAUUGCAACAUCCCAUUCACGGAACUCGUUAAAAACCUGUACGAAGGGAUCAACGAUUUCUGGGUUGAACUAGAACCUCAGGGAAGGUUGCGACUAAAAGUAGACAUGUGGAAUGAUCCAAUUCGACAACCAAGUUUCUAUGGAGAGUAUAGUGGUGGGGAACACAGUCGUGUUAAAGGCAAGAAGGACCGGCAUGAAUUUAAGGAGAAAAAACAGGCCCUGAAUCGUCGGAGAGCGAUGCGACGGAGAAUUCAUCAAGUGAAUGGGCACAAAUUCAUGGCUACCUUUUUGAGGCAACCGACAUUUUGUUCGCACUGUCGUGACUUUAUUUGGGGCUUGGGCAAGCAGGGCUAUCAGUGUCAAGUAUGCACUUGCGUAGUCCACAAAAGAUGUCAUAUGUUGGUAAUAACCAAAUGCCCAGGAAUGAAAGAUGAGGGUAAUGCAACCGGAGGAGCAGAGGCGAUCCAAGCUACCCAAGAAAUAGCACGUUUCAAUAUAGACGUUCCUCACCGUUUUGCUCUUCAUAAUUACAAAAGAUUUACGUUUUGUGAUCACUGUGGAUCCUUACUGUACGGUUUGUUUAAGCAAGGCUUACAAUGUGAAGCUUGUAAUAUGAAUGUUCAUAAACGAUGUCAAAAGAACGUUCCAAAUAGUUGCGGUCUCAAUACCAAAGCUAUGAGCGAAAUUCUAAAAACGAUAAAUUUCUGUGCAAACAAGCAAUCGAAAGCUCCAAAAAUUAGAGUAUCUUCACGCCCGCAAACACCUACGAUUGCAGAAAGAGGGGAAGACGACGACGACAAAAACUUUAAAAAGGAUAAAAAGGGAAUGAAAAAAGGGCAAAAAAAAGGACAAAAAGAAAAAACGAUAAAAGAGGGAAAACCGGGAGACGAGUCAAGAAAAGGGUCCAAAAGAGAUGAUCUGUCGGAUGAUCUAACAGACGAAUUGACGGAAGAACAGUCAGACGAUAUGGGCAGUUCACAGUCAAGUCUAAAAGACAUGUCAUAUUAUGCCAAAGAUGACGAUAGGAACAGCGAUUUAAAAAAAUUCAGUUUAGAUGACUUUAAUUUUAUUAAAGUUCUUGGUAAAGGCAGUUUUGGUAAAGUAAUGUUAGUCGAGCGGAAAGCCAGUCCCGAUGAGAUUUAUGCCGUGAAAAUUCUGAAGAAGAGUGUCAUUAUUCAAGACGACGACGUGGACUGCACGAUGACGGAAAAGAGGAUUUUGACCCUCGCAGCGAGACAUCCUUUCCUGACAGCCAUCCACAGUUGUUUCCAAACGGCUGAUCGACUUUUUUUCGUUAUGGAAUACGUCAAAGGAGGUGAUCUGAUGUUCCAUAUUCAGAAGGCUCGAAAGUUUGACGAACCAAGGGCACGUUUUUAUGCGGCAGAGGUGAUACUCGCGCUUCAGUUCUUGCAUAGAAAUCACAUUAUAUACCGUGAUCUGAAACUGGACAACAUACUGCUCGAUGCAGAAGGACAUUGUAAAUUGGCGGAUUUCGGAAUGUGUAAAGAGAAUAUAAUCGAGGGAGAAUCGACAACAUCGACGUUUUGCGGCACGCCGGACUAUAUAGCUCCCGAGAUACUCCAAGAGUUGCCGUAUGGUGCUAGUGUUGAUUGGUGGGCUCUCGGUGUUUUAUUAUACGAGAUGGUGGCUGGACAACCACCUUUCGAGGCCGAGAACGAGGACGAUUUGUUCGAAUCGAUUUUACGGGACGACUUAGUGUUUCCAGGGUGGGUUUCUCCGGAAGCGGAGUCCGUUUUAAAAGCCUUUAUGACCAAGAAUCCUGCCAAGCGAUUAGGUUGUGUUGCAGCCGACGGUGGCGAAAGUGCCAUAAGGGUCCACCCGUUUUUUAAAUACCUAGAUUGGGAAGCUCUCGAAGCGCGUAAAAUAAAACCUCCAAUCAGACCUAAAAUUAAAAAUGAAAAAGAUGCCUUGAACUUUGAUACGGAAUUCACGAAGGAGGAUCCCGUGUUGACGCCGGAGAGUGCGGAUAAAUUGAGCGACAUUAAUCAAGAAGAGUUUCGUGGUUUCUCCAUAGUAAAUAGGGACUUCAAUCCAUUCAGGUAUACUACGCAAUAAAAGACGAUGAGUUCCGGUUUAAAAAAACUUCGGUUUUAUUGUAAUAUCAUCCUUCUCGUUUGACGCAUUGCUUUGUUUAGCUCAUUCACUAUCAUGUUAAGUGUGAAUUAGGCAUUUUUAAAACUGUUCGAGAUCUCCUUUGAUAAUUUGACGGAAAUGAUUCUAUCUGUCGCAAAAAAGGAAGUUUUUUUGACCAAUCGAGACACAUUAAUAGCAAUCAAAAUGCUAACAAAAUCGAGAUUAGUAAAAAAAAACUAUUCAAUUUAGAGAUCAAAUAAAAUAUGAUAUAUAUCAGGCGAAUGCACGUGUUAUUUCGUAUUUAAAGAGAAUUGUGGACUUUUUCUUGAUCUUUUAAGUAGGUCUUAAUACCAAUUUUUAAUCAAAGUACAUAUAUGAAAAUAUGCAAUCUGCAUCUCUUCUCUCUCCCACCCCCCUUUCUCUCUCCAAUAAUAUCUGUGUCUAUUCAUCAACAGUAGUUUUAUUACAUACAUGCCAUUGGAUGUUAUGUAUAAUAGACGAUAUAUACAAAUAUGGACGAUGAACAUGCAAAAGACAAGGCGUUAGCAAUACUGCUGCCUAACCAAAAUGAAAUAAGAUAUUGAAACAUUGAUUUAUGAAAAUUAUACGAUGAGUUGAAAUGAAAAUAUGACACGCCUAUAUUUCAAAUUAAAGUAUAUGAAGAUAAAUAAUUUAUAUCAUAUCUGUCUAUAUAUUCAUAUAACAAUAAUAUAAUAGUUGUAUUGUAUACAUGCAACUGAAUAUUAUACAUAAUAGAUAAUAUAAAUGAGAGUAUAAAAAGCAAGGCACAAGCAAUACUGCUGCUGUGAAGCCUAACCAAAAUGAGAGAUUUAAAACAAUUUAUGAAAUGAUUUCUGAAAAUCUUAGGGUGAGCUGUAUGUGAUGAAAUAUGAUACGCCUGUUUCCAAUCAAAGUAUAUGAAGAUAUUUAUAAUCUGUAUCGUAUCUGUCUAUAUAUAUAUCUAUAAAGUAAUACUAAUAAUAGGAACUGUAUUAUAUACAUACAAAAUUGGAUAUUAUAUAUAAUAGAUGAUAUAUAUAAAUGAAAGAGUACAUGUAUAAAGCAAGGCACCAACAAUACUGCUGUUAUAAAGCCUAAAACCAAAUGAAAUAAGUGAUUAAAACAAUUAUUUACAAAAAAAAUGUAGGAUGAGUAUAAUGAAACCAUGAUAUGCCUGUUUCCAAUCAAAAUAUGUGAAUAUAUAUAAUCGAUAUUAUGUCUGUCUAUAUAUCCAUAUAAGAUAGCAACCAUAAUGAUAAUAAUAAUUGGAUAUUAUAUAUAAUUGACGAUAAUGAAUGAUAUAAAUGAAGGAUGUAUACAUGUGAGAGGCUAGGCACUAGCAAUAUUAUUGCUACGAAACCUAACCAAAAUGAAAUAAGAGAUAGACCGAAACAUAGAAAUAGAAACAUAGAGAAUUAUAGGAUAAAUCACGCGUGAUGAAAUCUGAUGCAUUGAAGAGAGAGAAGAGUAAAUAUACUGCAAUAUAAUUUUAAUUCGGCCAUCUAUCAUCACUAUCAAGAGAAAGCGGCACGAGAUUUUACGAAUUGCAGGGAGUAAGAGAAAAGAUUACGAUUAGAUUCAUUGCGGUAAAUCUCCUUUUAAUUAUUUUUAAUAAUUCUUUGCGUACGGAUGAUAGGUAACAUCAUGAAACGUUCCACUUUUAGUACAUGUACUAAAUAAUUAUCUUUUAAUUAUUCCCAUAAUCAAUAUGUGUAUAUAUGUACGUUUGUAUAUAUCUAAUUGAUUUUAACAAAGCGUGGAACAAGCGAGAAGGACGAUCAUAAUUUAAAAGAUACUUCAUUUAAAAUAGGAAAACUCGCAACGGACAAGUUCUAAAUUUGCAUUUGUAAUUCUCACGGCUAUUAUCAAAUGCAAUCUCGCGAGCGAGGUUGAUAUCUUUAUAGAAACAAAUGCAUCUAAGCGAUUUCGAUGCUUAGAUGAACUUGUUGCUUUUGCUCGACCUAAGACCUUUGUCUGGAACUCUCCAAUGCUUCGUUUCGAAACAAAUUGUAAUUCGUUAACAACUCAUUUCAAAACGAUGCGUCGCGAAGUCGUAGACUGUAAAUCUGUUUAAAGACACCUACUUAGAGACGUGUUUGGGCUGGAGCAGGUGAAUAAAGAGAAGCGAGGGACAUAAUAUAUCCAAACUUCAAUGUCGUAGACAAUAGAUUGAUAGAGAAACGUAAUGAAUGUUGAAAAAGGGAAUUUUUAGUAUUUAAUUAUAAUAAUUAACGAAACGAGAGCAAAAUCGAUAGCAAUAUCGGGAGCAUGCGUUAUAUUAGGACGCUUUUUGGCGCGCACCUUUCUCCUGAUGACAAAAACGAAAACCGGGACACAGCGAGCCCCGGUGUCUUGCCGUCAUCGGCGACGGCACAAGUGCGACUCGACUUUAUGAUAUCGUCAUUGUAUAAACGUACAUUUUUAUGUCCUUCGCAGAUCUUAGGCCUGCAAAAUAAGAGAGCGCAAGCGGGACUGUAAGGAGCACUUACCCUUGUUUCCCGGACACCCGGAUCCUCACGAUACCGACGCGCCUUUCGAGAGCUUGUACGAGAAUGGGAAUUCUUUGCGCCUUCGAAGUAAGAGGGUGAUGUGAGGGAAGGGAGCCCGUGACACAUUCGUUGAUCGUGCGUCUUGCUGUCGUUUGCGAUCGGGCGUUGACCAGCAAAUUGUAACGUUCUGAGCGCCAGGAGUAUUAACUUCCGAUGGAGACUGUCGAUACUUUUCUUCUCCGUGUACUUCCAUGUGUAUACCUCCCUGCUAUACAUCCUCACCGUAGUGUUCCUACGAAUCAAACACACGGAGACACCGUGUAUAUUGAUUCGCGCUACGGUGUCUCCUCGUCACCAACGAUCGUAAUCCGAUUACGGCCGCUAAUUGCACGUCUCCUUAUAUUUAUCGGCGUUUUUUCUUGUCCCCUUGUGACCCAUCUAUCUUCUUCGGCCCGUCGACGCGAUAGAGAACUAUCUCGAUGUGUAAAAGUACCUGACGAAGACAUAAGACGAUCGAUAGCUCGCAUCUCUUCGUAUUCUUGACAUCGUCGAACAUAAUUUUUGAGUCUAUAUUCGCUAAAAAGAAACUAUUUAUGAAGUUUCGUCGACGUACGCGCAUCCUUCUUCGGCCCGUCGACGCGAUAGAAAAAAAUCUAUCUCGAUGUAAAAAGUACCUGAUGAAGGCGCAAGACGACCGUUAGCUCGCGUCUCUUCGUAUUCUCGGUGUCAUCAAACAUGAUUACUUAUGCUCAUAUUUUUUCACUAAGUCUAUGAAGCUUCAUCGACAUGUACGCACUAUUCUUCGACCCGUCAAUACGAUAUAUAGGGACUAUCUCGAUGUAAAAGUACCUGACGAAGGCGAAAAAAGUUUGGUCAUGUCUCCUCGUAUUCGUAACACCUUCAGAUGUGAUUACCGAACUCGUAUUCUCUUGCCAUGCCUAUGAAGCUUCGUCGGCGUGUGGUGUAUUUACUAUGAAUCUAGUCAGAAUGGAGAUUUACGGAACGGAUCUGGUCUGAGGAUUCGUGUUGCGGCGGAUGAGUCAAAGUCUAAAGAGAAGAGAGCGAGAGAAACGGGUUAGUCCGGCCUACGCUUUAAGAAGAAGAAAAAAAAACAAAGCAUUAAAGAC